AAUCUAAGAACUCUCGAUAAAGCAUUAGUGAAAUGCAUGGAUAGAGGUUUGGUUGUGUGAAAAAUAUCGGACAGUUUAUUGCAUUGGAUAAUUAUUUUUUAAUCGUUCAAAAGAAAUAACAUUUGCUGGACUUAAAUUCGGAGGUUGAUUUUCAGGUCAUGACAAGCUCGUUGAUUGUGCUGUUCGUUUUCAUUGGCCAUGCCAGUCACGUGGUCACACAGUCUGGCAACGAUGCAAAACGUCUUCACCAGCAGUUGUUUGUGAGCGACACUUACAACAAAAGAAUUCGCCCUAUAGACAAUCAAUCCAGUGCCAUAGAUGUUUAUGCAAAUCUUCACCUUCUGUCGAUCAACGAACUUAGUGAAACGGACGAGGUUCUCACGACAACAGCGGUUUUGUCCAUGAGCUGGAACGACACGUUUCUAAAAUGGGACCCGAAUACAUUCGGGGGAAUCAAGUUUUAUUAUUGGCCCCAGAACGAAGUUUGGAAACCGGACAUAGCGCUCCAAAACUCAUACCUGGAUUAUAAAGGGCUUGGUGACAAGACUCUGAACGUCAUGAAUAUUCACACAGGCGCGAUGUACUGGAAUCCAUUUCAGGUGUUCAAAUCCACGUGCUCUUUGGAUAUCUUCUACUUCCCGUUCGACUACCAGACAUGUUACCUAAGAUUCCAGGCAUGGAGUUAUUCAAGACGACAGGUGAAUAUGGAAAGUGGCUAUCGUGAUUCCCAAGGGUUCGAUCUUGAUUAUUACGAAACCAACUCCGAGUGGGACAUCGUCAACACCAGUUGGCACGUUUAUCGAGACCAACAAGACGCUGCAAUAAACUUCAAAAUGACUCUUAAAAGAAAACCUAUUAAUCAUUAG